CGGUCAGAUACGGGUGGUCUUUGACUCUAGUGCCGAACAGUCUGGUGUGUCACUCAAUUCAGUGUUAUUAACGGGCCCUGAUCUCAAUAACACCCUCCUUGGUGUCCUGAUUCGGUUUAGGAAAGAGCUCAUUGCAACCACUGCUGACAUUCAGCAGAUGUUUUACGGGUUCCUGGUUAGACCAGACCACAGAGGCUAUUUGAGGUUCCUGUGGCACAAGGACAAUGACUUGUCAAAAGAGGUGCAGGAGUACCGCAUGCGGGUACAUGUUUUUGGUAAUAGCCCGUCACCAGCGGUAGCCAUCUAUUGCCUUCGAAGAGCCAUCCAGGAAGGUGAGGCAAAGUUUGGAGCAGACACAAGACACUUCGUCAAGAGACACUUCUACGUCGAUGACGGGCUGAUUUCGGUUCCCACAGAGUCUGCAGCCAUCGAUCUGCUCAGGCGCACAUGUGCAUCCUUAGCUGAGUCUAACCUCAAGCUCCACAAAAUCGCCUCGAAUAGUGUCUCAGUCAUGCAAGCAUUCAAGCCAGAGGAUUUGGCCUCCGGCAUCAAAGACUUGAGUCUCGGCGACGAUGCUUUACCGGCCCAGAGAAGUCUAGGAAUGUGCUGGGACAUUAACACUGAUUCAUUCACCUUCAAGGUAGCUGUCAAUGACAAACCCUAUACCCGCCGCGGGGUUCUCUCAGUGAUUAAUAGCAUCUUUGACCCCUUGGGACUAGCAUCGCCAGUGACAAUCAAAGGCAGACUCUUGUUACGCAAAAUGUCAAAUGGAGUCCAAGAUUGGGAUGCUUCUCUCCCCCAAGAGGAGAUGGACGCAUGGGAAACAUGGAAAAUGUCCCUCCAAGAUCUGAGCAGCCUAAGAGUGCCGCGCUGCUAUGUACCAGCCUCCCUUUCCAUGUCCACUUACACUGAACUGUGUGUCUUUAGUGAUGCCUGAAGCUGGGCUAUUGCAGCAGUAGCAUAUUUGAAAACAGUCAAUGCAGAGGGACAAUGUGAAGUCGGAUUUGUGCUUGGCAAAGCAAAACUUUCACCCCAACCAGAACCGACAAUACCUCAUCUUGAGCUUUGUGGAGCAGUUCUAGCGGUGGAGAUGGCGGAGCUCAUUCUGGAUGAACUUGAUCAUAAACCAAACACUGUCAAAUUCUACUGUGACAGCAGCGUGGUUCUUGGGUACAUUUGCAACAAUUCAAAGCGCUUUUAUGUCUACGUACAUAAUCGAGUUCAUCGUAUAUGCAGGUCCACAUCCCCUGAACAGUGGCAUUAUGUUACAUCAGAGCAAAACCCAGCAGAUCUAGCAACCAGGUCAGUACCUGCAUCGCAGCUCAUGGACACUAUGUGGUUUAAGGGACCAGACUUCCUUUACAAACUACAUGAACCAGAGACACAUGAAUCGUUUGAGCUGAUUGAACCUGAAGUGGAUGCUGAAAUCCGACAAGUUAGUACUUUUGUUACUCAGAUUCAGAAGAGCGGAUUCACACCAGAACGCUUCCAACGCUUUUCAAGCUGGACCUCACUGGUACAUGCCAUUGCCUUCUUAAUUCACCAAGCUCGUUCUCACUCAUCAAGCAACUCGUCAAAUCAUUCAUGCAGGGGCUGGCAUAAAUGCAGAGAACCACGCACUCCAGAGGAGAUGGAUGCGGCCAGUAACCUCAUUCUCCAGUCUGUUCAAAGGGACGCUUUUCCUGAUGAGUAUGCUGCUCUACAAGCCAAUCAAACCAUCCACGCCUCUAGCCCCAUUCAUGGGUGACGACCUCAUCAAAGUUGGAGGUCGCCUCAAACAUGCUUCAUUGGACCCGACGUUAAAGAAUCCAAAAAUUCUGCCAAGCAAGCAUCAUGUGUCAAAGUUGCUUGUCCUGCACUAUCAUGCUAAGGUUGUGCAUCAAGGAAGGCAGUUCACAGAGAGUGCAGUUAGGCAAGCUGGACUGUGGAUUCUAGGCGGCAAAAGACUGGUCUCAUCCAUUAUCCACCGUUGCGUAACAUGCAAGAAACUCAGGGGGAAACUAGAGACUCAAAAAAUGGCAGAGCUCCCACCUGAAAGACUUGAAACAUGCCCUCCAUUUUCGUAUGUCGGGUUGGACGUGUUUGGCCCAUGGUCAGUGGUUACUCGACGCACACGAGGUGGCGCAGCACAAAGUAAGAGGUGGGCGAUACUUUUUACGUGUAUGACUACAAGAGGUGUACACAUCGAAGUCAUUGAAUCUAUGGACACUUGCAGCUGCAUAAAUGCAAUACGCAGAUUCUUUGCAAUAAGAGGCCCAGCCAAACAAAUGCGGUCAGACAGGGGCACCAACUUCAUCGCAGCAAGCGUGGAGCUUGGCAUGGCACAACCAAACAAGAACCCUCUCGACAUUGUCAACCAUCUUCAUGCCAAUGUUUGCACAUGGGAGUUCAACCCCCCGCAUGCUUCUCACAUGGGGGGCGUCUGGGAAAGGAUGAUUGGGUUAACUCGCCGAAUAUUGGAUUCUAUGCUCUUGCAGAACAAACACACCCGUCUGACACAUGAGGUGCUUUGUACCCUAAUGGCUGAGGUAUCGUCUAUAAUCAAUGCAAGGCCCUUGGUCCCUAUUUCAACUGACCCUUCCUCACCAUUCAUACUCUGUCCUGCAAUGAUACUGACCCAUAAGCAGGGCGUUCCUUCUCCACCAGGAGACCUUUGUGGAAAAGACUUGCUCAAGAACCAAUGGAAACAAGUGCAAGCACUCGCCAAUGGUUUCUGGAGUCGCUGGAGAAACGAAUAUCUCAACACCCUCCAAUCAAGGCGCAAGUGGCAUGGAACACACCGCAAUCUUCAGUCAGGUGACAUUGUGUUGUUGAAACAAAAUCAAGCACCCAGAAACUAAUGGACAAUGGCUAUCAUCACAGCCACCUUUCCAAGCAGUGAUGGGAAGGCCAGAAAGGUUGAAGUGAGGACAUCUUCCCAGGGAGUCUCAAAGACUUACCUGCGUCCCAUUUCGGAUGUUGUUGUGCUCUUAGAAAAGGAAGUGACUGAUAAAAAGUUGUAGUGGCAUCAGUAAUGCCAGGCGGGGAGUGUUCUGUCCCAACUAAAAGAUUAAAAAAAUGGUUCAUAAUAAUUUAGUGAUAAAAUGUCAUAUUUCAUCUGUGGUAAUUUAUGUUAAAAAAGAGAGUCAUUUAGUUAAAAAUAUGUUCUAUACAAUCAGCAUUAGUUUUUCUGUACCUUAUUUUGAAGGAGUAAUCUGUGUUCGCAAUGCAUUGUGGGAAGCAGACGCUGCAGUCAGUUGGGAAAAAGCAUUGUACAGAAAACCUGCCUAUCUGUGUUUAAACUUCAUCUCCUGUGGCCUGAAUCUUUAUAUACACCAUCGAAAGCAAUGGCUGUAAGUUUAUUACAUGUUCUGGUUUGUUUUAUAUGUUUAAAACAGCUGAUUUAGAGAUUGUUUUGUGAAUGUGUUUGUGCCAGGAAUUAGCCUUAUCCCAGAAGCGGAUUUUGCUUAGAGCAUGGUCUAUUAACAUAGCAAUGAUGCUAGCGAUCUAAUUUGCAUAUCAGAGGAUUGCUAAAACUACUGUUUAUCAUUACUUAGCAGCUAAGACUAACUUUGAUACAUGUUUUCUGUCACUAACUAUUUCUUUUGUGCAUUUAUUUCACAAUGUCAAAGAGCUAAAGGAUAUUUUAUUUUCUGGUUUAUUUUUUAGUUUCACUCAACACUUUCAUCGAGCUAUUCAAGCCACAGUUGUAAAAGAUUGUAAGCCGUCGAGAAGACUGUAAUAAAGGAGCAAGACGCUCAGUUUCCUGGCUCAUGAAAAUUGAGUUUGGCUUGCUGUCGACCUGCGUUAACAUACACAGUGUAUCCAACACAUAGCGAUAACAG